AUGUCACAGAACGGUGCUCCAGUUUUAGUGUUGAACACCAACACAAAAAGAAGAUUUGGACGUAAAGUUCAAAAAGAAAAUAUAGCUGCAGGUAAAGCAAUUGCAGAUGUGGUGCGCACCUGUAUCGGACCCAGAGCUAUGCUUAAAAUGUUAAUGGAUCCAAUGGGUGGAAUUGUAAUGACAAAUGAUGGAAAUGCAAUUCUAAGAGAAAUCACUGUCCAGCAUCCAGCAGCCAAGUCAUUUAUUGAGAUUGCUCGUACUCAGGAUGAAGAAGUUGGUGAUGGUACUACUUCAGUAGUAGUACUUGCAGGUGAAAUUUUGGGUGUUGCUGAACAAUUUUUGGAACAAAAAAUUCAUCCAACUGUAAUCAUUAAGGCAUACCGCCAAGUUCUUGAAGACAUGUUAAAUAUUUUAGAUAAAGAAUUUAGUAUCCCUUUACCUAUGGAUGAUGAAAAUAAACUGAUAGAAGUAAUUCAAUCAUGUAUAGGUACUAAAUUUAUUGGGACCUGGUCAGACUUAGCAUGCGGCAUUGCUUUGAAUGCUGUGAAAACAGUGAAAAUUAAAGAGGAAGGCCGUACUGAAAUUGAUAUAAAAAGGUAUGCCAAGGUAGAGAAAGUGCCGGGCGGUGCAAUUGAAGAUUCUGAAUUAUUAAAUGGCAUUAUGUUAAAUAAAGAUAUAACACAUCCUAAAAUGAGAAGAUUAAUCAAAAACCCUAGAAUUAUUCUUUUAGAUUGUUCCUUGGAGUUCAAAAAAGGUGAAAGUCAAACAGAUGUGGAAAUUGUUAAAGAAACUGAUUUCACUAGGCUAUUACAGAUUGAAGAAGAGUACAUAGAACAAAUGUGCAAUGACAUUAUUGCAUUGAAACCAGAUUUAGUAUGUACUGAAAAAGGAGUAUCUGAUUUGGCACAACAUUACUUAAUGAAAGCAAAUAUAUCCGUGCUUAGACGUUUAAGAAAAUCUGAUAACAAUCGUAUUGCAAGAGCUUGUAAUGCUGCAAUAGUAACACGAACAGAUGAACUUCGUGAAAUCCAUGUUGGUACUGGAGCUGGUCGAUUUGAAAUUAAAAAAAUUGGUGACGAAUAUUUCACAUUUAUUACUGAAUGCAUCAAUCCAAAAGCCUGUACAAUAUUACUUAGGGGACCAAGCAAGGAUAUAUUAAAUGAGGUUGAGAGGAAUUUACAAGACGCUUUGCAUGUGGCUAAAAACAUUAUGUUAAACCCAAGAUUGGUUACAGGUGGUGGUUCCAUUGAAAUGGCCAUAUCGCAGGCAUUGGUGAAAAAAAGCUCAAAUAUAGCAGGUGUUGUCCAGUGGCCAUAUAAAGCUGUUGCACAAGCAUUAGAAGUGAUACCACGUACUCUUUUGCAAAAUUGCGGAGUUAGCACUAUAAGGACAAUGACAUCAUUAAGAGCCAAACAUACAAUCAAAGGCAAUGAGUAUUGGGGUAUUAAUGGUGAAACUGGAGAAAUGUCCAACAUGAAGGAUCUAAAGAUAUGGGAACCAAUUGUGGUUAAAUCUCAAGUAUAUAAAACUGCAAUUGAGACUGCCAUAUUAUUGGUGCGAAUUGAUGAUAUUGUAUCGGGAACUAAGAAGAUUGGUGGAGAUGAUGGACAGCCAAAACCAUCUGCACAGCCAACUGAAGAAUCUAUGAAGGAAUAG